CUGGGGAAAGCUCAGUGCUGGGGCUGGAGUGCUGCUGGCACACGUGCAGCAGGUGAGGCCGGCACAUGGUGAUGACCAAGCAAUGGAAGGCGUCAUCGCUGUGGGACGGGUGGUGAUGUCCCCCAGUGAAGGUGAGGCCUGGCAACACGGCCAAGCCCUGGUUUGUGACAUCUCCGUGCGAUGGAUUGUGACUGCUUGGCCCACGCUGCUCCAAUGCGGGCGCAGCAGCCCAGCCCAGCAGUUCGUGCCUGGCCUCCAACCGAGCGAGUGUGCGAGGACUGGAGUGUGGACAGGGCGAAAUUUGGAGCUGAAACGUGCUCUGGGUGCUGCUUGCGCAGCUCUCAGGUGCCGUCUCAGAGCCGCUUGUGUUGUACCCCGACCCUGCUGGUUGGCAGCAGGCAGCCGGGACAUCAAGGAGAGGAGCGUGCAGCAGAGCAGUUGGUAACACCUUCUGCCUGCUGCAGCACCUGUGAGGGGAGCAGCUUCCCGACCUCAGCUCUCCCCAGCCCACCGCACAGCCCAGGGCCAUGGACGUGCCAUCCAACUGGACCUGCCCCAUCUGCGGGCAAAUCCGGGAGGAUGUCACCUACGUGACCCCCUGCCAGCACCAGCUGUGCUACGGCUGUGCCAUCUGGUGGGCUAACAAGAAGCCGAGUUGUGCCGUAUGCGGGCACAAAAUCGAUACCAUCCGAUACUCGGUGAGGUCGGACGACGAUUACCUCGAGUGUGCUGUCCCGCAGCCCGCAGCACACUCAGAUCACGACCUGCAGGACGAGCAGGGGCCUGCAGAGCCGGUGCUCAUCCCAGCUGAGCACAACUUCCCAGCCGAGGUCUGGGCUGCCUUCUUCCAGCAACAUCCGGAAGACCUCGGACCCCUGCUCCGAUGGCUGCAGGGAGAGAUCCAUGAGGUGUCCAGCGACGACUGGUGGGAAGUCUACGUGGCACAGUGCACCACCGUGAACUUCCUGUGUCAGCACGGGCUGGACCAGGAGGCCUUGGUGCAGGCGCUGCAGAUGAGCACCAGCGGCGACGUGCUGUCCUUUGUUAGGAGGCUCAUCAGCACCGCUGCAGCCCUGUACGGUCCCACGAUCCGCCACCAGCUGGACCACCAAGUCAGCCAUGCUGCUGGAAGGAGGGAGGACAGCCCUGCAGCCAGCUCCAUCAACAGCACCUCCCAUCAGGAGCCUCCUGCCUCGGGCCCAGGCCGCUCCACCAGCCCCGCAGGGCCCAGCACGGAGCCAGGGCAGGCGGCCACAGCGGGUCCCUCUUCCCAGGGCAGCGACCGCUCGUCUGGGGGGCCCCGGCGCCCCCCGAAGAGGAAGGCCCGCAGCAGCCCCCAGGACUCUGCGCCGCCCUGCAAGAGGCGGCCCCGGCGGCGGCACUAG